AUGUUGGAAACUUUGUUAUGUUGUAAAAGAUCAAAUAAACCCGAACCAAUUUCAGUUGUGAUAUGCAGAAAGUUUGUUGUUAUAUUAUUCGUAUCAAUAACAUUAACUGUUCUUGUCAUAUUAUUAAUCGGAGUAAAUAAUGAUACACCAACUAUUACAAGAAAGUAUUCUCCAAUGGAUAAGUUCCCUGUACCAGUUGUUUACUUCUCAGCUGGAUAUCAAUUUAAGAUAGAUUGUAGAUACAUCCUCGCCAAUGAUACUUCCAUAAUUGGUAUUCCAAAUAAUGAAUAUGCAAUACAACCUACUCAUGAUAAUAGCAGAUAUACUUGGGAAGGAAGUUUUUCUCCAGAUAAUUUAUCAUUUAUCAUUGAUAGUCUUAACAAGAAAAAUCAAGUGGAUAUAUCUGAAUUAUAUUUGAUUGUCAAGAUUACGGAUCCAGAUUAUAACGUUACUAAACAUGGUUCUGUGUCUUUUAUUAUUUCUAUGCAUGAUCAAGAAUAUAAUCCAUAUAAUGAUACACUUGCUAGUGGAACUGAUGAUUAUUCAAUUUUUGCCAAAUCGCUUCAAGAAAGUGUUAAUUAUAAUAUAGGAAACGGGUAUGGUUUGGGAAUAUUAAGAAAACAAAGGACCAUGCUAAAAGAUUCACCUCUAAAUGAUUUGGGACUUUCACAAAAGUACCCCAGCCAAACUUAUGUUGUGACAAAUGAUCAUUUGAUGGGAACAACAGAUGAUCAAAGCUCUACAAUUUUCCGCAUAUAUCCUCAGGAUUUUUUGCUUGAAACCGAGAUUGAACAAAGAAAUAAAAAU